CGAUGGGCCAUUCUGACCCGUGCGGAGGUCGGGGUUGUGCCGCCCUGGCGCUAAAUCAGGGCUCUCGCUGCCCCAGCUGCGAGGUCACGGCGAGCUGGAUGCUCUGGGGUUGGCGCCAGGUCAUGGAGGGAGGGAAGCGCAGCCGCCAGCGCCUUUAUCUCAGCCCCGGCGCAGGCAGCCCUGCUUCCCUCUGCUUUCCCUACAGCCAAAGUCCUUCCCAGUUUUGCUGACUUGGCCCCGGCGUGCGGAAGCGGCCUCCUACAGCACCUCCCCAGCCGUGUCCCAGCUUGGCUCGGCUCUGCCUGUGUACCAGUUGUGCCGUGCUGAGCCACAGCAUCCACCGCCCCGGCAUGUGGCUGCUCCUCGUCCUGCUGCAGGCUGCGGUGCCGCCCGCCCAGCUCUGCGAAGCCCCGGAGCAGGCGGAAGCAGUGCGGGUGCUGAGCGCCCGGCUGCUGGGGCUGGCAACGAACCCUGCGCGGGACCCUGACCCCAGUGUCUACCUGGCCCUUCGCCUGGCUGGCGACCAUGACCUGCGUGAGGAGGAGCGGUACCUGGGGCGGCUGUGGGAUGCCUUCCAGCACCGCUAUGGCCGGAGCCUGCAGGCAGCCGGCCAGCUCCACACUGUGCACCAUGCGAAGGGCGCUGUGGCCACCAAGCCCAACACGAGCGCUGAGGUGGAGUGGCCCGAGACGGGGCGGCUGGCGCUGUACCUGCUGGGGCUGCGGGCCACUUGUCCCCCGCUGGAGCACGUUCACCAGCGCUCGCUGGUGACAUGGCUGAAGUAUUACCUGGAGGAGGACUGGUCAGGCUCACGCCAGCACGGCCACCCCCUCACCAGUUACUACCAGUAUGGUCUGGGUGUGCUGGCGCUGUGCGUCCACCGCAAGCGGGUGCGGGAGGAGGUGAUCCGCCGGCUCCUGGUGGCUGAGCAUCAUGGCAAGUUUGGGUACAGCAACAGCAGUGCCAUGGACACAGAGGCGGUGGCAGCGCUGGCUUUCGCCUGCCUGGAGCGGGAGAAGCUGGUGGGCACUGGGCUGGCGGCAGAGCUGCGGGCAGCCACGCGCCGGGUGAGGAAGAGGAUGAUUGAGGCACAGAGUGAGGACGGCUUCUUUGGCAACGUCUACAGCACCCCGUGGGCCUUGCAGGUCUUCAUUGCCACCAACGCGUGCCGGACACACUCAGCGUAUGGCAGGGCCAUGGCUGCGCUGCUGGAGAACCUGGAUGCCUUCACCACCACAGCGACCAUGGCCCAGGCGCUGCCGGCGCUGCACGGCCGCUCGUACCUGGACAUCAGCUCCAUGCAUUGUGAGGAGGAGCCGGACACGCUGACGCCCAUCGACCUCACGCUGCCACUCGAGGCACAGGGGAACAUGACGGUGCGGCUGGUGGUGGAGUGCCCCGAGCCACGGUGUCCUCAGGGCUGGCUCUACGACCAGCAGGUGCCUGCGCCCGCCGGUGCCUCUCUCCUGGAUGUGCUCAGGGCGGCAACCGCACAGGGAGACUUCACGUUUGAGACCCAGGAGACCCCCCAGGGCCCAUUUCUGAGCAGGGUACUGGGACUGGAGGCCCAGCAGCAGAAGCGGAGCUACUGGCAGCUCCUCACCGCCCCCAGCACCAGCCUGCAGAUGGGUGUUGCCGAGUACAGACCUCAUGACGGGGAGACCCUCAUCCUGCGCCUGACCCACUGGUAGAGGGUGGGGGAACGAUGGCAAUGAACUGCCUGCCUUGGGCACAGGACCUGCUGGCUCUGUCUCCUGCUUUACAUGUGCCCCAAAUACACCUGGGAAGAGGAGGGGGAACAGACAAUGCCCUGUGUCCUAUGGGCAUGAUGGGAUGGAAGCAUCCAGACCAGCAGCUCCUCCAGCCCCAGCCCUGCUCGGCAAUCACAGUAUAGAAUCAUAGAAUUGUUUGGUUGGAAAAGACCUUUGAGAUCAUUGAGUCCUACUGUAACUGUCCACUGCUAAACCAUAUCCCUGAGCACCUCAUCUACCUGUCUUUUAAACACCUCCAGGGAUGGUGACUCCACCACCUCCCUGGGCAGCCUCUGCCAGGGCCUGAGAACCCUUUCAGUGAAGAAUUUUUUUCCCAAUAUCCAAUCUAAACCUCC